GCCCAAAAGUCCUGUUCUUUUUAUUCUUUUCUUUCUCUUGCAGCAAAUCAGCUCAGAUUAUUUUUGUAUAUUGUACGUCAACGGGGAAGACUUCCUGGAUGCCUGUAAAACGUAGAAAACACUUGACGGUGUGAACAAGGAACCGUCAUGGUAAUAUUCCUGAGCCAAGAUUCCUUCCCCACUUCUUCACCGAGUCUUAAUCAAGCAUGAGAUGCUGAUGUUUACAUCGUCUUUUAGCAUCAGUAUAUAAGCGGCUACAGCUCUUCCUUCUGCAGCAAGAACCUCAUCGGUCAGCCUGGAGAAAAACAUGGCGAGCGAUCUUCGAAUAGAUUCAUCUGAUUUCCGGACGGAGCUUCUGUCUCCUAUCCCAGAUGGGGAAAACAUUGCUGCGUCAAUGGAACCCUCGUGGAGACUUAGUAUGGAUAAGUUUCAGCUGCCUAAGAACCGCGUUGACUCUGGUUUUGGUUUUGGGCAGUUUGUCAGUACCCUUAGGAAACAAAGGAAAAUUGUGAAAUAUUACAAGAAGCAAGAGGAGCUUCUUAAGGGCUACAAUGAAGUUGACAUCUUCACUGAAUUGGGAAAUUUGCCUGGACGUUUAUCUGAGGAUGAAAUGAAGGAGCUUGCAAGGAGUGAAAGGAUGGCAAUUUAUGCAUCAAAUGUAGCAAACAUAGUGCUCUUCUUGGCAAAAGUUUAUGCUUCUGUUGAGAGUAGAUCAAUGGCUGUCAUAGCAUCCACUUUGGACUCCUUUUUGGAUCUUUUAUCAGGAUUCAUUUUGUGGUUCACUGCUUAUGCAAUGAAGGAACCCAAUCAGUACAAGUACCCUAUUGGCAAGAACAGGAUGCAACCUCUGGGAAUUGUUGUCUUUGCAUCAGUAAUGGCAACUCUUGGACUGCAAGUUUUGUUCGAAUCAGGUCGAGAGCUUCUCCUAAAGGCUCAGCCUGAAAAGGAUCCUGAGAAAUUAAAAUGGAUGAUUGGGAUUAUGGUGUCAGUCACAGCAGUAAAACUUGUGCUAACGAUAUACUGUCGCAGAUUCAAAAAUGAAAUUGUCAGGGCCUAUUCUCAAGAUCAUUUUUUCGAUGUCAUUACCAACAGCAUCGGUCUAGCAGCAGCCGUGCUAGCCAUCAAAUUCUACUGGUGGAUCGACCCUGUUGGAGCCAUCUUAAUUGCUUUAUAUACAAUAGGAAACUGGGCAAGGACAGUGAUGGAAAAUGUUUGGUCAUUGAUUGGGAGGACAGCUCCAGCAGAGUACUUGGCAAAACUAACAUAUUUGAUAUGGAAUCACCAUGAGGACAUCAGGCACAUUGAGACAGUGAGAGCUUACACAUUUGGGAGCUAUUAUUUUGUGGAAGUUGACAUAGUUUUACCAGGGGAAAUGUCACUCAAUGAAGCCCACAACAUUGGAGAGACUCUCCAGGAGAAGCUUGAGCAACUGCCUGAAGUGGAGAGAGCUUUUGUUCAUGUUGAUUUUAACACCACUCAUCAACAUGAGCACAAGCAGAAGAAGAAACCUUCAUAAACCCUCCAAGAAAAAAGCUUAUUUGAGUUGAAAUAAUUGUUCAAUCUGAAGUUCUUUAAUUACUACCAUCUCAUUUGAAAACAAAGAAUUAUUGUUUACUCUAAAUUAAGGGCCUGAACUUUUUUUUU